AUCGCCUUGCUAAGGGAGCGGGCUUGCUCUUGCUUCAGCAGACCCUCGCAAAGUCUCCUUUUUGACUUGAGGCGGCCCAGCGGCCCAGCCGAUUGACUGUGGCAAGUCACCCUUCUGUCGCUAAGGUGUUCUAAGUGAGGGCGAGAGGGGCCUCCCAUGCUCACCUCCGGCUUAAGCUGGGGGCCUGGCUGCCUCCGGCUCCGCCAGCUCCGAGCGUGGGCGGGCGCGGGGCCCUGGACUUGUCAGGCUUGCCAGGCCAGGCCGUGCCACUCAGGUGAGGGCGAGCGAUGGCCCGAUUCGGAGGCCGAGGUUCCUCCGCCUGGCCCGGCGCGCCGGACUCUGAGGGAGUGGACGCUGCCGGUGAGCCCAUUCGGUCGGCUGCGGGCGCGGCUCCCGUGCCACCUGGCCGUGAGGCCCCUGGACCCUCUCACCUACCCGGAUGGCGACCGCGUGCUGGUCGCGGUGUGUGGCGUGGAGGACGGGGCGCGGGGCCUGGACGGCCUGCAGGUGAAGUACGACGAGGCUCUGCAAGAGAUGGCCAUCGUGUCUGACACCAUCGACCCCCAGGCGUCCGUGGAGGUGAACGCGCCCCUGAAGUUUGGUUUGAAUAUCAAGUCAUCAGGGUCUGGCUGUGUAAAAGUUCAAAAUAUUGAAUGUGAUGAUUGCAAAAUUGAAACUGAGCAGGGGAACAGCAUCUUGCAAUCUGUGAAGAGUCAAAAAUUGCAUGUUCAGACAAAAGGAGGCAAAGUGAUCUGUCUGGGAACAAUUUAUGGAAAUAUAGAUAUUCAUGCAUCAGAUAAAAGUACUGUGACUGUAGAUAAACUGCAGGGAAGUUCUGUUAAUAUAUCUACUGAAGAUGGUUUGCUGAAAGCCAAGUAUCUUUAUACCGAAUCGUCAUUUCUGUCUUCUGCUGCUGGGGAUAUUACAUUAGGAAGUGUUCAUGGUAAUAUAACAUUACAGAGCAAGAUGGGUAACAUCACAGUAGGUUCAUCCUCUGGAUGUCUAAAAGCCUCAACUCAUCAGGGUGCCAUAGAUGUUUAUGUCAGCCAACUGGGGAAAGUAGAAUUGAAAUCCCAUAAAGGCUCUGUUAUUGUGAAGGUCCCAUCUUCUCUUCCAGCUUAUUUACAGUUAUCAGGGAAAGAGGUUGAUGUGAACUCAGAAGUCCAUGUUCAGGAAAUGGCUGAAGCUCGUAAAGAUGAUGGUGUAACAUUAACAGGACUCAUGAAUCAAGGAAACAAACAUGAAAAAUGGAUUAAGGCUGAUGCCCCAAAAGGCACUAUAAGUCUUAGAAGGCAAAGCUGGUUUCAGUCCCUGAACCUGCAGGACUAAGUCUGGUUGAGUUGUAUGUAUGAUUUUUAACAAUAAUGAGCAGAUCUUGGACUACAAAAAUGCAACGACCACUGCUGAUAUAAAUGUUGAAAACAACAAAAUUAGAAUGAAUACUGGUUGUUUAGGGGGCAUUUUCAAAAUUUGUACUUAGCUGUGGAAUUUAUUUUCUAUUGCUCUGUAACAAAUUACUACAAAUUUAGCGACAUAAAAUAAUACCCACUUACCACAUAGUUCUGUAGGUCAAGAGCUCAGCAUGACUAGGUUCUUGGCUCAGGGUGUCACAAGACUGGAAUCAAGGUGUUGGCCAGGCUGAGUUCUGGGGGCUCCAAGGAGAAAUCUGCUUCCAAAGUCAUUCAGAUUAUUAGCAAAAUCCAAUUCUUUGUGAGUGGAUAUGACCGAGGACUCUAUUUUCUUGCUGGCUGACAGACAGCAAUCACUCUAAGCUUCUGGAGGCCACGUACACCUUCAAGCCAGCAAUGAUACAUUGAGUUCUUCUCGUGCUUUGAAUAUCUGACUGGUGCUUCUGCAACCAGUUGGAGAAAUCUCUGCCUUUAAAGGGCUGACUUGAUUAGGUCAGGCCCACCCAGGAUAAUCUUAGUUUUGCCAUAUAAUGUGACAUAAUCAUGGGAGUGAUAUCUCAUAUCUCUUCAUAUGCAUAAUUUCUACUCCCACUCAAGGGGAGGAGAUUAUACAAAGCAUUGGUGUGUGUGUUGGGGGUGGUUAUCUUAGAAUUCUUUGUACUAUAGCUCUCAUGUGACAAGUUUCCUAUUUUGCACCUCCAUGGCAUCAAUGUAAAUUUAAGCUGUGAA